AUGUCAUCUAUGUGCACAGACGACUUUGAAAAACUUUCAACAAUUGGAAGUGUGAGCUCACAGGGUAUUGAAAUAACUGAACGAAACUCAGAGAAACCAGAUUCUAUGAGAGUGGCCAGUUUUCUCGAAUACAAUGCAGGGACACAACACAAAGAGGCUUUUGUAUCGCUCUGGGACUUUGCUGGACAGUUUGUUUAUUAUGCAACACAUCAGCUUUUCUUUAGUCCAAGAAGUAUUUACCUUCUUGUUUUGAACCUGGAAGAUGAUCUCGACAGAUCGCUUGAAGAAUGGUAUCUGGAUCUCAAGGGGAAAACUUCGAUUGAAGUCAAAGGUGGUGUAGACUUUUGGCUCAAGUCUAUAUUCACCUAUGCAAGAGGGAUAGUUCCUACUUUUCCCAAAAUUAUUCUCGUCGGAACGCAUUUUGACCAGAUGCAAGAGUCUGGAGACCAAAGAUACAAGAUUGCCCACGGUUAUUUCGACAAAAUUCGAACUAUUUUUCAAGGUACACCAUUGGCAUACAACAUCAGCAAACACGAGUUUCUUCUUAGCAACACCGAUCCAAAUGAUCCAAAAAUCGAUCGUCUUCGCGAUGAAAUUAUAUGUAUUGCCAGAGAGUAUCCGAACUGGGGGGAGAAAAUGCCGGCGAAAUGGAUUGAAUUACAGCAAAACCUUGAAGAUAUAAGACGACAAGGAAAGUCGAUUAUGUCCCUAGAACACUUGCGAUCGAUUGUUCAAAGAGUUGCGAGUCCAAUCGAAGAUGAAGAACAAUUAAUGCUUUUUCUGCGUGCUCAUCAUGAGAUGGGAACGUAUAUUUACUUCUCGGAAGCCGAUCAUUUGAACAAAUUCAUCAUUUUGGAACCGCAAUGGAUUGUGAGCGCAUUUCGCUAUCUGAUUGGUGCAAUAGAGUUUAAAGCGAAAUAUGGUCCUUUACAAAAGCAAUGGGUAAAUUUUAUUGAAACAGGUAGACUUGAGUACAAUUUGGCCGAAAAUAUUUGGCGUGGAGAUGAAGAAAGCCACUUUUUUGAAAAUACAGAUAUCAUUUUUCUCUUUCUCGAAAAGUUGGAUAUCAUUGCACGAGCGUCUGUCAUUAGUGACGAUGGCAUGUCUUCUACGCCUUUAAAAUACUAUUAUGUACCAAGUUUGUUGAAAGAGGCUCCACAAAAGGAAAUUAUGCAGGCUCGAAAUUUCUCUGGCUGCUUGAACACACCAGUGUUAUGUUUCAAGUUCAAAGAAGAUUUUCUCCCACCUGCAAUUUUCAACAGGAUCAUAGCCAUUUGCUUGGGAAAGUUCUGCUAG